AUGGCAAAGGUAGCUCUGUUGCUUUGUGUUUGCGUUCUAGCUGUCUUUGCUUCAGUUAAUGGCCACACAGAAAAGAAAAAAGUUGGUUUCUAUGAGCUUAAGAGAGGAGAUAUGUCAUUGAAGUUCACUAAUUGGGGAGCAACUCUAGUCUCCUUUGUUCUCCCUGACAAAAAUGGAAAGCUGACUGAUAUUGUUCUUGGAUACGAUACAAUUGAUGAGUACAAGAACGAUACAACAUAUUUUGGAGCCAUUGUUGGACGCGUUGCUAACAGAAUUGGAGGUGCUAAAUAUAAGCUAAAUGGAGUCACAUAUAAACUAGAAGCUAAUGAAGGGAAAAACAUGCUUCAUGGCGGUCCAAAAGGAUAUUCUGAUGUUGUUUGGAAAGUGACCAAGUAUGACAACAAAGGUCAUAAUCCUCACAUUGUUUUUACCUAUCACAGUUUUGAUGGGGAAGAAGGAUUCCCUGGAGAGAUCCUAGUCACUGUCAGGUAUACUCUCCUUGCAGAUAACCAAUUGAGCCUUGUAAUGAAAGCCAAAAAUCUUGGUAGAAAGACAACCCCUGUAAAUCUUGCCCAACAUGCUUACUGGAACCUAGGAGGCCACAACAGUGGCGACAUCUUGUCUGAAAAGAUUCAGAUUUUUGCAUCCAAUUACACACCUGUCGAUAGCGAGCUCAUCCCAACUGGAAAGAUUGAAGCUGUGCAAGGAACUCCAUUUGAUUUCCUUAAACCUAAGACUAUUGGAAGCAGGAUCAAGCAACUUCCUAAUGGUUAUGAUAUCAACUAUGCUCUUGAUGGUGUCAAAGGCUGCAAGGUUAGAAAAGCAGCACUGGUGCACGAUGAGAAGUCCGGAAUUGAAAUGGAGAUCUCAACAAAUGCUCCUGGGUUGCAAUUCUACACUGGUAACAUGAUCAAGAAUUCCAAGGGGAAAGAUGGAUCUGUAUAUAAGGCUCAUGCAGCUAUAUGCUUGGAAACUCAAUGGUAUCCUGAUUAUGUUAAUAACCCCCAAUGGCCUCAAUCUAUCAUGCAUGGCGGAAAGGACAAGUACAAGCAUGAAAUGUUGUACAAGUUUUCAACACACUAA